GAUACGCAGAUCCAUCAACAUCUCUUAUCUUCUUCUUAUUCACCACUGAUUGUUCCUCAUCAACAACUUGUCAAAUCAUUUCUUUAUUACAUCAUCUCUCCUUUUAUUGCUUACUUCUCCUCCAAGAUCCUUUCUACCUUCACUACAUUUUCUGCUAAGGCAAGAAAGUCAGAUUCAGGCCUCUUCUUGAUUUAAAACCAAGAAUCAACCAAGAACUGUGAUUUGGAAGUAAAGAAAGAUGAAGAUACAGUGUGAUGUGUGUGAGAAAGCUCCAGCGACUGUGAUAUGUUGUGCCGACGAAGCAGCUUUGUGCCCUAGAUGUGACGUGGAGAUUCACGCAGCUAACAAACUCGCAAGCAAGCACCAACGCCUUCAUCUCAAUGCUCUUGCCACCAAGUUCCCUCGUUGCGAUAUCUGCCAAGAGAAGGCAGCUUUCAUUUUCUGUGUUGAGGAUAGAGCUCUGCUUUGCAGGGACUGUGAUGAAUCCAUCCACGUAGCUAACACUAGAUCUGCUAAUCACCAGAGGUUAUUAGCCACUGGGAUCAAAGUGGCUCUUAGCUCAACUAGUUGCAGCAAGAAUCACUCUGACCCUUCCAACAACCAACAGAAAGCUAAGGAGAUUCCAGCUAAAACCCUAAACCAGCAACAACCUUCUUCUGCUACUCCUCUUCCGUGGGCUGUUGACGAUUUCUUCCACUUCUCUGAUCCUGAGUGUACCGAUAAGCAGAAAGGACAGCUUGGUCUUGGAGAGUUAGAGUGGUUUUCAGACAUGGGUUUCUUUGGUGAUCAGAUUAGUCAGGAGAGUCUUCCUGCAGCUGAAGUUCCUGAGCUUUCCGUUUCACAUUUAGGUCAUGUUCAUUCAUAUAGGCCCAUGAAGUCCAAUGUUUCAUACAAGAAGCCAAGGUUGGAGUUCAGAGAUGAUGAGGAGGAGGAGCACUUCAUUGUCCCUGAUCUAGGCUAAAAUGCUAUAUGUAAGCUAUGUAUAGACAUUCCUCUAUGGAAAAAUAAGGAGGAGGCUGCGUGGAUUGAAUGUCAUGUAUUUAGUUUUGUUUAAGUUGAGUAAAAGCUAUGUUUGAGAGCUUAUUACACUUUUAGUAUUCUCUUGUCUGAAUCUCUCUAUAAGAUAUUUUUUUGUUUGAGUUUGUUCA